CAUAAUUGGAGUGAACACGUUACUGACGAUGGCGAGCAUCUACCUGUCGCUGAGCACGCACCUGCCCAAGGUGUCAUAUAACAAGGCCGUCGACGUUUGGCUCGUUGCGUGCAUCCUCCUCAUCAUCGGAUCACUGAUAGAGUUUGGCAUCGCGAACUACCUUUUCCGAAGCAGACUCACUCGCUCCGAAUUUUUACAAGCACUGAGUGUCUUCAAGAAAGACAAGUACCCGAAAGACCCCAGCGGCCUCCCUUUGAACCAGAGGAGGGCCCUCACCGUAGAACGUUACACACGGGCGAUGUUGCCGCUGCUGUUCUUAGCACUGAACAUUGUCUACUGGUCCGUGUACCUCAGCAGGCCCUUGUGGAUGCCGAUGGGAUGUGAGAAUGUAGGGAGUGUAAAUAGAAUCAAGAGUCACUCAACAGAAUCUCUAAAAUGAAGCACAUUAGAAAAGUGUGUUCUACAAGGGCCACAACAUAGUAUAAUAGGUUGAUUAUUGAAGGGAAAGUCUAGGUGAGCAUCUACUGAUUGAUAGUGCAGCGCCGGUAAGUGAAUGAGAAGUCACGGGUUAGAGCGCACUCUAUUGCACUUCGGUCAUUUUCAUAAGUAAAAGUGGAAGCAUCGUAAGCUUGGUCUGGUUCAUUUAGAA